AUAAGGAGAUAUAAUAGACAUGACUACUCAACAGCAUCGUUAUAAGAGUAGUCGCGUGCGUAACGAGGAAGAAAUAAGAUUCAAAGAGAAAGGGAUGGUGAAGAAGAAGAAGAAGAACGCGCUCGAGUUAUGGAGUAUCUUCAAAGAGAGACUAACUCCGACGGAUUUGAAGACGCUCACCUCCUUGCUGAUAGAUUCUAACCGCAGAAGAAUCGACAAGACCCAACUCAUUGCAUCUGCUCUGGUUUUGUUCAAGAAGGACGACUUUCUUCAUCGAUGCUUCACAGAUUUUCUCAACAAGCCUCAAGAAGAAGAUGAAGAAGAGGAUGAAGAUAAAGCACUCAGUGAGGUUGAGGCUGAGUCGCUCAAGAACUUCUGUAAGAUGGUCAGUAAGGGACUGGGUCCUUCCGAGUUGCUAGAGUUAGUCUCCUCCGUUAAAGACUUUGGUAAGAAAAAAAUCAAACUCAGCCAGUUUCGUAAGUCUCUUUCACUUUUGUUCAAAAACAAUGGUCAAGAAGAUGAACGUGGAAAGACCCAACAAAACGUUCAAGAUACGGGUCUUGAACUUGAAGAAGGUGAAAUACGAGAAGAUGGUCUUGGGGUUAGGGCUAAAGUAGGUAACAAGUCGAAAGAAGAUCAAAAGAUUGGAGCCGAUGCUGCUGAGAUUAGGGUUUCUGAGGAGCGAGAGUUGGUGAAAGACGUAACGCAUGGCUUAGACAAGAUGGAUUUGGAAGGAAAGAAGAGAAGACUAUUGCAAACUACUGAGAGGUCUCUGAAGAAAGCAAGAACCUCGUCAAGGCAGUUAGAACGAGUGACACCGAGCUAUAAGCUUAUCCCUGAGGAAGAACAGUGUCCUGUCUCAAACAAGGUACUGAACAACAAGUACGCUGUGAUGCAAUUUAAAGGUGCUUCGAGACGUAAGAAACUGAGCAAGUACGAAGAAGCAGUGGCGAGAUGCGAAGAGGACAUGUUUGAGAGUGAUAUGUUGAUGGAAGCUCUGAAAAGCGCAGUGGAGAGUGCGGAACAAGUUAUAAAGGAGGAGAUGAGCCUGGAAAAUCUUGGUGUGAAGUUCUACAGAUGCAUCGAAAGGCUAUACCGUGGAGAUAUGUUUGCAGUUGUAAGAGAAGACCACAAGACGGUUUUGCCUGUGAUCUUAAUCAGGCUGAAGCAGAAGCUGGAUGCGGUCAGAGUUGCUCGGGAAAUAUGGAUCCCUAUGUGGAAGCAAGUCUUUGAAGAUAACACUAUAAAGCAAAGAGAAUCUACUACAUUUAGACGGCGAUAAAUGUAACUAAGCAGGUUUACUUUUGGUUUGAUGUCCCACUUUAUGACACUGUGUAUUUCAUGAGAGUUUUGUAAAUACAGGAAAGGCAGAUUUUUUAGCAC